AUGACGAAAGUGCCGGGAUGAAACAACAGAGGGUUUUAGCUGAACGUCAGCAUGAAGGCUAACGCUACGCUAGCCGCUUUGAAACGAUUUAAAUCAACUAAAAACGCCACCAAAACGUCCCCGAGACCCUCGCUACUAGUAGUUUAUCAAGCAAUCUUGCUAAAUAAUUCGUUUUUAUCGAGUCAAUAAAACAUUGUUGUUGUUUUUUUAAAGAUUUUGUCGAAGCUAAACUGGAUUAGCAACUUGUUAUCAAAGUAACCCUUGCUGACGGGCUCUGCUCCUCAAGGGAGCGCCAAAAGCACUUCGUUCCCAUCCUCCAAGCCAAAAUAAGUCCAAAAAACUUUUUGGGUUUGUCUAAUGUCAAAAGUAAGGCGACAAGAUACCUCCCAGACUCAAUGAUUUCGGCGUCCCUGAAGCACUUCGGCCGUCAGCUGAUACGCGUCAAGGUUCUGGACCUGAGCAGCGACGACACCCAGCUGUCGCGCUGCCUCAACACCUGCGACCUGGUAGUGCUGGGCGUGGGUAGCACGCUGGGCGCCGGCGUCUACGUGGUGGCCGGGAGCGUGGCCAAAAUUACCUCAGGCCCCGCCAUCAUCCUGUCUUUCCUCAUCGCAUCCGUGGCUUCCAUCCUGGCCGGCCUGUGCUACGCCGAGUUCGGCGCCCGCACACCCAAAACCGGCUCCGCCUACCUCUACAGCUACGUCACGGCCGGAGAGUUGCAGGCCUUCGUCACCGGCUGGAGUCUCCUCGUAUCUUAUUCCAUCGGUACGUCGAGCGUGGCCAGGACGUGGAGCAGCACCUUCGACAUGCUGAUCGGAGGCAAAAUCCAGAAGUGGAGCAAAAAUAACGCCCCGAUGAACUUUUCUGACGUCCUGGCGGAAUACCCGGAUAUUUUUUCAGUCUUGCUCGUCAUCAUUUUGACAAGCCUGUUAUGCCUCGGCGUGAAGGAGUCAGUGCUGGUGGGAAAAGUGUUCACCAGCAUCAACGUCUUAGUUCUGAUUUUCGUCAUGGUCGGCGGGAUCAUCAAGGGAGAUACCAAAAACUGGAGCAUCAACCCCGAUGACGUCCUCAGCGCCGCCACGGCGCGUUCGCCAAAUACAACGGAUCAUUCGUCUCUCAAGAAAAGACUAGGGGUUGGGGGCUUCCUGCCUUUUGGUUGGAUGGGGGUCUUCUCAGGGGCCGCCACCUGCUUCUAUGCCUUUAUUGGCUUUGAAUGUAUUGCCACCUCAGGCGAGGAGGUGAAGAACCCGCAGAAAGCCAUCCCCGUGGGGAUCGUUAGCUCGCUGCUCAUCUGCCUGAUGAUGUACUUGGGCGUGUCCACCGCCCUCACCAUCCUCAUGCCUUACUACCUGCUGGAUGAACACAGCCCGCUACCUCAGGCCUUCACCCACGUGGGCUGGCCCAUAGCCACCAACGUCGUGGGCGCUGGCUCCCUCUGCGCCCUCUCCACCAGCUUGCUGGGAGCCAUGUUUCCCAUGCCCAGAGUCAUCUGGGCCAUGGCGGAAGACGGCCUGCUCUUCAAGUGUUUGAGCAAAAUCAACAGUCGCACAAAAACGCCGCUGGUGGCGACCAUCGUGUCGGGCGUCAUAGCAGCCACCAUGGCCCUGCUCUUCAACUUGAGGGAUCUGGUGGACCUCAUGUCGAUCGGCACUCUGCUGGCGUACACGCUGGUGGCCGCCUGCGUGGUGGUGCUCAGGUACAGGCCCGAAAGGAGAACCAGCUACGAGAUGAGCGCCGUCGCGGAUGAAGCGGAUACCGAAGGUGACGUCACCAUCCAGAAAAAGGACAACCUCUGCUCGGCCGUGCUACGGCUCCUGCUCCGACCCGACAAAGAGCCCACUCCUCGCUCCGGGUUCGCCGUGGUGGUCUGCACCGUCGUCCUCACGGUGUUGGCGUUCCUCUUUAGCGUGGUAGCCGUGACGAGCAAGCACGCGGCGUGGACUCCCGCCUUUUUGGGCGCUGUGGCGGCGGUCAGCGCGGGCGUGACGCUGGUGGUGUGGAGGCAACCGCAGAACAAGGCCAAGCUCAGCUUCAAAGUCCCUUUGGUGCCUUUCAUACCUGUGGUGAGCAUGAUGAUCAACACCUACCUGAUGAUGCAGCUCAUGACAGGACCUUACCUGCAUUACAUUAUCUUCAUGUCCAUAGGUUUGCUGAUCUACUUCGGCUACGGAUUUCACCACAGCGUGCAGGGGGAGUGGGACAAGAUGUACGGAGGCAGACGGGACGGUCGGGGAGACCAAAUUGAAAAGUGAAAAAGCGGGCGGGGCCAGAUGACUUCAUCCAUUUGAACUUUAUCCCGGGUAGAUGUCCAAUCCAUUUGACGUGGGAGGGCUGGCAGCGCAUGAACAAACGUCAAUGGCAGCCACCUUGGUGGAGACUGGCGCCAGUUGGACUGUUUUGUGACCAUUUUGAAGACCAGCUCAUUUCUUUCAACUAUUUUUUUUAAUCUUUUAAUGUAAUGUUUGAAUUGUUCUACCAUUUUGUGCAUUUUUCUAUCAUGAUUUUAAUGUUACUUUACAAACGGUGUACUUAAAUCAUGAUUUAAAGAUUCACAAUAUUGACAACAGAAAUUGCAAUUGUAGUUUGUACAAUUGGCUCAAUUUGGUCGGUCACUUGUUUCUUUGAGGGACCACUACAAUGGACAGCCAAUCACUGAAGACCUUUAACCCUUUAUAGAAGUUAAAAGUGUAAGUUUGUAA